CGUUACACACAUCGACUCAUGGCCAGCAUAGCCUUGGAGCUACAGUGAAGGAAGCCUUAGCAAGGUCCAAGAUUUCGUUAACUGCUCACGAAGCAUUGGCUGGAACUCGGACUUAAACACGACGUUGUGCUCCCGCUGGCCGACGCGUUCUGCAUUUCUUCAUAUCUUGCCCACGCAGGCACUGUACGCGCAGCCACUGUGCUAGCCAAUCAUCCAACGAAGCCGACCUCACUUGCUGCAUUGCAGUGGAAAUUGCAGCUGCAAGACAAUCAUUCGGCUGUCACAAGAGAUUCUUACCAGGGAGCUUCUGCUUGGACGUCUGCAGCUUGCUGCUCUUGGAUCUGGGGCGUGAUCGAGCCUGUCGAACAUCGGAUCACUAGCUAGCAACAACCACUGUUACACCCGAUAGCCGUGGUGUUGCCUGUCCUGAAACGAUAUGCCACACUCGACCAGAGGCUCAGCUGACUCUAAUGCUUCGACACAUUCACUGGAACACGUUGGCCUGAUGCCGCAGACCUCGUCAUCUCAAGCCGGUCUUGCCCUUGUGUUAAAGAACGCUCGCAGUCCUCAACCAUCAAAUCUCAAAGGGGAACGCAACAGUCUACCAGGAGGCGAUGCAUAUGCGAGCCUCGUAAGCAAACCCGACAUUGACGAGUUCUUGCAAAAGCAUCUUGGAGACAAGGACAGCAUGAUUGCUGCAUACAAUAACUCGUCGCAGCAGCGGAAACAGUACUAUGAGGAGCAAUUCCAGUACAAGGACAACAUCCAGGGAGGGGUCCGCGAGAGGGUACAGCGAGAGUCACCCGUCAUUGCGGAAUUACGCACCAAUGUCAUCAUCAAAGACGAAUUCACGCUUGUGACAGAUCUGUCUUACCACCUAGCCGCACGCUAUACAAGACCCGACUCUGCGAUCAUGGUCAAGGUGGACCAUAGUGCCUGCUUAGCGAUGGGAGGCACGUUUGAUCCAUGUUAUAUCCUCAGUGUUACGACUGUCCCAGCGCAGAUGGGCCCAACAAUGAACAAGAGAAAUGCCGCAUUGAUCCAAUCGUUCAUGGCCGAUAUACUUAGCGUACCACCGGAGCGCGGUAUCGUAAAAUUUCAAGCAAUUCCUGAAGAGUGCUUUGCAACAAAUGGAACAACGGUAGCAGGCGAAAUCGAGAGACAAGAGAAGCAGCAGUCGGGUGCCAAUGACAGCACUAUUCGACGAGCCAUUACCAGCACAGGAAGGAAAAGCAUACCGUCAUUCAAAAAGAGCUUUGAAGCACGAAAUGGAGAAAGCAAAGGAAUACACAGCACGGAUUCAAAAGCAGUGUCGGGCAAAGCACACGAUAACGCUGUUGAACACGGCAGAGAAAUCACGCCUCCAGCGCCAUCAUCGCGGGUGGAACUGUUUGAACUGCCUGCUGGCGACGCAGGAACGAAACGACCGGCCACUGCCCACGCUCAGUCAUCGUCUAAUGGAUCGAAUGGGCUUCGUAUGAAUGGGGUGUCAAGCAAAAAUCUGAGUCCAAAAAAUCCUGGCACGCCAAAGAGCAGACCUCGAACGCUUUCUGGCUCUUCGAUUCAACAGCAGAUCAAAGACAGCGCAAAUGCUUUGGCCUCGGCACCGCCACCGCCCGCCCUUCGAAAUACUUCAGUUCCGCCUUUGAAACGCAACCGACCGCCUUCCUUCCUCAAGGUCGAUCCGGCUGCUUCAGCGCGUCCAACAACACCACGGCAGCGACAGACAGCAUCUCCAGAAGAUCGCGUUAGUCUACGAGAUGGUACAGUUGACAGCGCUGUGGAAGUGCCGAAUGCCGGAGAUAGGAACGCCGAAAAGAAGGAGACGGAUGGGCCAGACGCAAAGGACAAGCAGGGCAAGAAAGAUCCUGCGGCGAACACUGCGAAGAGGCGCUCGACAAUUACAGCCACUCCAAAGAUUCCAGAUCCACCCCCUACGCCCAGCAUGAAUGAAGACAGGAAGAGCACGAAGUCGAUGAGAAUUGGCAAACGGAAGAGCUUUCUGGCUGCUUUCAGGAGGAGUAUUGCUACUCUGCCGCGGGAUGAACGAUGAAGAAAAGCAGAUUGUAAAGCGGUCGCGCCACUUUUGCAGCUCUGUUGACCAUAGUGACAACAUAAAGAUACCCAAAGCUACCCGCUAGAGAUAUGGAGCUAUCGAUACUGUAAAAUCUCGUUCGCCCGUG